CCUCCUCUCUCUCUCUCUCUCGCUAACCCCUCUCUCUCCCCAUAGCGCCGGCCAGUUCCGGCCAGCUCCAGCCCACGCAUCUCCCCCGUGACCCCCGCCUCCUCUCCUGCGCCGCCGCCGGAGAAGCUCGCCGCCGAUGCCGGUGACCUAGCCCUCGCGUCUCCCCCGCGACCCCCGCCUCCUCUCCUGCCGCCGCUGCCGCCGGAGAAGCUCGCCUCCGCGCCCACAAGUCUCGGAUCCAGGGCGAGGAGGGGUGGAUGAGACGGGGGAGGAGGAAGAGGAGAGAGUGGGGGCGUCUGGGGAGGAAUAUCCCCGCCGCCUCCACAAGUCGAGGGGGAUGGGCCUGCUCGGGCUCAGCCUGUGAGAUGUCGACCGGACCAGCGGCGAUGGAGGAGAAAGGCCGGGCAGGUGCGUGCAGGCGGGAGAAGCUGGGGGCGCUCGUCGGUUGGGGAGAUGGCGACCACCUGAGCUUCUCCGAUUGACCUAGACAGGGCCACGACAGCAUAAGCAAGGGUGGGGGCGAGCAACCCUCUGAAGCCGGUAGCAGCCGUGCCCCUCCUCCUCACCUUCGCUUCUUCCCUCCUCCUCUCCAAUCUGUGAUGCCCAUCUGCGUCCUUGAUUUUCCAGUUUUCUGAUAAUCUAAUUUUGAUUCUCAUAUUCUGGUUACUUGUGGAGAGUAGAAGAAGAAUUUUGAGAAUGAGAUUGAUAAAGAUGAACAAGGAAGUAACGGUCAAGGAAGAAGAGUUAGAUGCCUCUGAAGAUGUUGAUGACUAGCCGCUUUGUCACAAGCAUGGCAGCUUGCUCAACUAUCUCCACUGCCUGCAUACAGCUGUUUCAGAACAGCGUCGAUCAACCCAGGUUUAUGUUUCCUUUCCAAGGGCGUUCGAAUAUAAUUACCAUCCAUCAAUUACAGAUGUUACCAGUACUGAGUGUGUGCCUUAUUAGUUUGUUCUUUACUAUAGAGUUCAGUUGUAGAAGAACGAAACGAAGCACACAUCAGGAAGUCAUGCUCUUUCCAACAACAACAGCAAAAGCGCAUAUAAGAGAACUUGAGGAAGAAGUGAAGCUCCUCAAGAACCUUUCGCACCCCAAUAUUGUGAGGUACCUCGGGACUGUCCGUGAGGAAGACACACUGAAUAUCCUGCUGGAGUUUGUUCCUGGAGGGUCUAUCCAGUCGCUUCUUGGAAAACUCGGUUCAUUCCUGGAGGCAGUCAUUAGGAAGUAUACUAGGCAGAUUUUGCAAGGGUUGGGAUAUCUGCAUAGCAAUGCAAUAAUACAUAGAGACAUUAAGGGUGCAAACAUUCUUGUUGAUAAUAAAGGCUGCAUUAAGCUUGCCGGUUUUGGGGCAUCUAAGCAAGUUGCCAAGUUGGUAAGAUUGAUGUUCAAUAUGCUGUUAAGGUCGAGUAUAAUAGCUUGGAAGAAAUAAAACCUUCAUGUGCUUGUCAAGUGAUCAAAACAAUAAUUUACAACAGAAUAGAAAAUGCUAAACCUUUCCUGUCUAAUUAUGCCAUCAGAUUAUGGAUUCUUAUUUAUUGCUCUUGACUACCUGUGUGCAUGAAACAUGAAAGUGUGAGUUUGGUUCCAAGCAGGCUUAUGGUAAUGUUCUCUGCAGGUAUUUGCAUUAUAGUUCCUGCAUAAUCUCUUGGUAAUGAAGCGUUGUCCGGGGCGCUAUCUGGAAUACCAUCUCUUUCUAAUGCGGAUGCUACCCCGCUACAACAGCCUGCUUUAAAUGACCAGCGAUAAAUGCCAAUUAUUCAUGCGCCUCUCUUGUCCCAUUGAUGAACUUUGAACUAUACACUACCCAUCUAUAUAUCUAUGUAUUUGUUACUAUAGCGAUGGCAAGGUAAAUUAAACCAUCUGUUGAGUUCUCCACUCCAUGCUAUGU